GGAAUCCCCAACUUCCUGUUUUCCAAUUGACCCUUCCACCUGGAGCCCACAAGAACUGGAGCGCAUGGGACAAACGCUUGACCUUACACUGUGAUGUCUGAGGAGCAGAAUGAACACUAAGAUAUGGUGUGUCUGCUGUCAGCCGUCACUGCUGUGACAGGUAAACUGGGAGCAAAGAUGGAGACGCCUGUGAAGCAACAGCUGCUGGAAACUUUGCAGGAUUUUGGACUUAAAGAACUGGAACUCUUCCAGUGGUACCUGCAGAAUGCUGAGUUACUGGAUGGUUUCCCUGCCAUCAAAAGGUGUGAGCUGGAGAAUGCAGGCAGACCGAAAACAGUGGAUUUGAUGGUCAGCAUGUACACCACUGAAAAUGCUAUGCGGGUGGCAAAGUUGAUUUUACAGAAGAUCAAAAGGAAUGAAGAAACACAGUCACAAGUCCGGGCAGCUUCUGCAGCAGAGGCUCUUCAGAAAUGCCAGCCUAAAGUCAAAUCUAAGCUAAAGAAGAAGUUCCAGUGUGUGUUUGAGGGGAUCGCUAAAGCAGGAAACCCAACCCUUCUGAAUCAGAUCUACACAGAGCUCUACAUCACAGAGGGAGGGACUGGAGAGGUCAAUUAUGAACAUGAGGUCAGACAGAUUGAAACAGCAUCCAGGAAACCAGUCAGACCAGAAACAACCAUCAGACGAGAAGACAUCUUUAAAGUCUUACCUGGAACAGAUGAACCAGUCAGAACAGUGAUGACAAAGGGAGUGGCUGGCAUUGGGAAAACAGUCUUAACACAGAAGUUCACUCUGGACUGGGCUGAAGACAAAGCCAACCAAGACAUACAGUUCACAUUUCCAUUUGCUUUCAGAGAGCUGAAUGUCCUGAAAGAGAAAAAGUUCAGCUUGGUGGAACUUGUUCAUCACUUCUUUACUGAUACCAAAGAAGCAGGAAUCUGCAGGUUUGAUCAGUUCCAGGUUGUGUUCAUUUUAGAUGGUCUGGAUGAGUGUAGACCUCCUCUGGACUUUCACAACACUGAGAUCCUGACUGAUGUUACAGAGUCCACCUCAGUGGAUGUGCUGCUGACUAACCUCAUCAGGGGGAACCUGCUUCCCUCUGCUCGCCUCUGGAUAACCACACGACCUGCAGCAGCCAAUCAGAUCCCUCCUGAGUGUGUUGGCAUGGUGACAGAGGUCAGAGGGUUCACUGACCCACAGAAGGAGGAGUACUUCAGUAAGAGAUUCGAAGCUGUGCAGGCCAGCAGGAUCAUCUCCCACAUCAAGACAUCACAAAGCCUCCACAUCAUGUGCCACAUCCCAGUUUUUUGCUGGAUCACUGCUACAGUUCUGGAGGAUGUGUUGAAGACCAGAAAGGGAGGAGAGUUGCCCAAGACCCUGACUCAGAUGUACAUCCACUUCCUGGUGGUUCAGUCCAAACUGAAGAAUGUCAAGUAUGAUGGACGAUCUGAGACGGAUCCACACUGGAGUCCAGAGACCAGGAAGAUGAUUGAGUCUCUGGGGAAACUGGCUUUUGAGCAGCUGCAGAAAGGAAACCUAAACUUUGAUCAAUCAGACCUGACAGAGUGUGGCAUCGAUAUCAGAGCAGCCUCAGUGUACUCAGGAGUGUUCACACAGAUCUUUCAAGAGGAGAGUGGGCUGUACCAAGACAAGGUGUUCUGCUUUGUCCAUCUGAGUGUUCAGGAGUUUCUGGCUGCUCUUCAUGUCCAUCUGACCUUCAUCACCUCUGGAGUCAAUCUGCUGUCAGAAGAAACAUCAAUCUCAUGUUGGUCUAAACUGUUUGGAGACAAAUCCAAACUCUUCUACCAGAGAGCUGUGGACGAGACCUUACAGAGUCCAAAUGGACACCUGGACUUGUUCCUCCGCUUCCUCAUGGGUUUUUCACUGCAGAAAAAUCAGACUCUUCUACGAGGCCUGCUGACACAGACAGGAAGUAGCUCAAAAAUAAACCAGGUAACAGUCCAGUACAUCAAGAAGAUGAUCAAAGAGACUGCCUCUGCAGAGAAAAGCAUCAACCUGUUUCACUGUCUGAAUGAACUGAAUGAUCGUUCUCUAGAGAAGGAGAUCCAACAGUACCUGAGAUCAGGACAUCUCUCCACAAAUGAAUUGUCUCCUGCUCAAUGGUCAGCUCUGGUCUUCAUUUUAUUGUCAUCAGACAAAGAUCUGGACGUGUUUGACCUGAGGAAAUACUCUGCUUCAGAGCAGGCUCUUCUGAGGCUGCUGCCAGUGGUCAAAGCUUCUAACAAAGCUCUACUGAAUGGCUGUAACCUCUCAGAGAGAAGCUGUGAAGCUCUGGCCUCAGUCCUCAGCUCCCAGUCCUCUAGUCUGAGAGCCCUAGACCUGAGUAACAACAAGCUGAAGGACUCGGGCAUCAAUCUGCUGUCUGCCGGACUGAAGAGCCCGCAUUGUUCAGUGGAAACUCUCAGACUGUCCGGCUGUAACCUCUUAGAGAGAAGCUGUGAAGCUCUGGCCUCAGUUCUCAGCUCCCAGUCCUCUAUAUUGACAGAAGUGGACCUGAGUGACAACAACCUGCAGGAUCCAGGAGUGGACCUGCUGUGUCCUGGACUGAAGAGUCAACACUGUACACUGGAAAUUCUCAUUCUAAGUGGUUGUAACCUCUCAGAUAGAAGCUGUGAAGCUCUGUCCUCAGUUCUCAGCUCCCCGUCCUCUAGUCUGCGAGAUCUGGACCUGAGUAACAACAAGCUGCAGAAUUCAGGGGUGAAGCUCCUGUUUGCUGCACUGGAGAGUCCUCUCUGUACACUGGAAACUCUCAGGGUGAAGCCUGUUGGAGUCCAUUGGUCGAGAAAAGGUCUGAGGAAGUAUUCCUGCGAACUCACACUUGAAACAAACACAGCGAACACAAAGAUCAAACUGUCUGACAACAACAGGAAGGUGACAUAUGUGGAAGAGGAUCAGUCAUAUCCUGAUCACUGUGCAAGAUUUGACCACUGGCCUCAGCUGCUGUGUGCAACUGGUCUGACUGGUCGCUGUUACUGGGAGGUCGAGUGGAGAGGAAGGGUUUGUAUAUCAGUGAGUUACAGAGGAAUCAGAAGGAAAGGAAAAAGUAAAGACGGUCUCUUUGGAGAGAACGAUCUGUCUUGGAGACUGUAUUGCUCUGAUUGUAGUGGUUACUCUAUCUGUCACAAUAAGACAGAAACACAGAUCUCCUCCUCUUCUGUCUCUAACAGAGUAGCAGUGUAUGUGGACUGUCCUGCUGGCACUCUGUCCUUCCACAGAGUCUCAUCUGACUCACUGAUCCACCUCCACACCUUCAACACCACAUUCACUGAACCUCUGUAUCCUGGGUUUGGGUUCUGGUCGUUCGGUUCCUCAGUCUCUCUCUCUGUCUGUUGAGUGUAGUAGGGAGUGUCCCUUCCUGUUAUUCACUCACACAUUCACUCACACAUACAUUUUCAGAUUAAUGUAUUAUAUGUUUAUUUAUAAUAC